CGUCACGUGACCCUCCCUGACUCCUCCCACUCAUCAGCUCGGGGUCCUUCAAGCCUCCCUCGGUCUUGGCUGCCAGUGGACGUCUCUCCUGCGAGCCGACCAGCAGACCUCAGCAUCAGUGCAGAAUGCCACUCGGAGGAGGCAACAAGUGCGGCUGCUGCCAGAAAACGGUGUACUUUGCAGAAGAAGUGCAGUGUGAAGGGCAGAGCUGGCACAAAUCCUGCUUUCGCUGCAUGGUGUGCAAGAAGAACCUGGACAGCACCACAGUGGCCGUGCACGUGGACCAGAUCUACUGCAAGUCCUGCUACGGCAAGAAGUACGGGCCCAAAGGCUACGGCUACGGAGGAGGAGCAGGAACCCUCAACAUGGACACGGGAGAGAGACUGGGAAUCCAGCAUGAAGCAGAAUCUCCACACCGUCCUACCAAUAACCCCAACACUUCCAAGUUUGCCAUGAAAGCCAGCAGCUCUGACGCGUGCCCACGAUGCGAAAAAACCGUGUAUGCGGCCGAGAAGGUCAUUGGUGCCGGCAAAUCGUGGCACAAAGGUUGCUUCCGUUGUGCCAACUGCGGAAAAGGACUGGAGUCUACCACGCUGGCUGACAGGGAUGGUGACAUCUACUGUAAAGGUUGCUAUGCCAAGAACUUUGGUCCCAAAGGGUUUGGUUUUGGUCAAGGUGCCGGAGCCCUGGCUCACUCCCAGUAAAGCCAGGACCCACUCCACGUCUCCGGGUUGUUGGACUGAGCUUCUUCUCCUCCACGUGUGAAACUUCCUACUUGGGUGUGUCCAAGUUCACUUCUAUUGCACCUUCUCUCAGAACACUUCCCUCGGCACAAGACGAUAAAAAAUAUUGACGUUGCACCGUUACUACUCUUGGUAUCGUUAGUGUCGAUUGAUACUGUUUGAGUCAAAAGCUUAGUGGUUAGGGAUGCUUCUUGGUAUCCUCCUGUUGUGUGUAGAGUAGCAUGUUUAACUACUCUCUGUCCUGAUAAUGUUACGUGUAAAAAAGUGUCAUUUCCACGAAGAAGCUGCACUGUUGAGGAAUGUUAGUCACGAGCUCGCUAGCAAGAUGCUACCUUGCUAUUUGCCGAUAUCAGAUGUGCAGACUAGAAUGUUCCGUCAACAUGCAUGAUCAGCAAUAUUACAUGAUACUAUAUUUAAUUGCACAACCCUUCUGUUAAGGUCAAAUGUAGUUCUAGAAAUAUUCAUAAAAAAACACAACUGAUUUUGGAACCACUUCGGAAGAGAAGGUUUGUAAGGUCUAGUGCUGACCACCACUUCACUGAUCCUGACAUUCCUGCCUUGUCUUCUUCAUCUGGAAGCUGCUCUGCUUUAGUGCGUCACAUGUCAGAUGUCAUCUUGGUGACACUAAAUAAAUAUCCUGUGUCAGCACUCUUUUCAUUCCAAGGUUUUGUCCCUUUGUGCUCUUUGGUCUUCCUGUGUGAAAUGAUGCAGCAGAUGGAAAGUACACCACAUGAAACCCGGGGCAGAAUGAUGUUCCUUUAUGUCAUGUUCCUUUACGUCAAAUAGACUUAGACACACAGGGGAAAUUGUUCCACACGAUAGCUCAGGUACAAUGGAUGGAAAGGAUAAUGCACACAAGAGGGUGAAAACAAAAGGCAUAAAGUAGACUAAAAAUGAAGCAUAGUAGCAAUAUAAAAUAUAACAUGUGUAAUAAGUACAUAUUAUAUAUAUAUAGUAUAUUAAGGGCAUACUGAAAUGAUUUUUUUUUAUUUAAAUGGGGAUAGCAGAUCCAUUCUAUGUGUCAUACUUGAUCAUUUCGCGAUAUUGCCAUAUUUUUGCUGAAAGGAUUUAGAGAACAUAGACGAUAAAGUUUUGGUCGCUGAUAAUAAAAACCUUGCAUGUACCGGAAGUAGCGUGACGUCACAGGUUGAAAGGCUCCUCACAUUUCCCCAUUGUUUACACCAGCAGAGAGAGCGAUUCGGACCGAGAAAGCGACGAUUACCCCAUUAAUUUGAGCGAGGAUGAAAGAUUCGUGGAUGAGGAACGUGAGAGUGAAGGACUAGAGUGCAGUGCGGGACGUAUCUUUUUUCGCUCUGACCGUAACUUAGGUACAAGCUGGCUCAUUGGAUUCCACACUUUCUCCUUUUUCUAUUGUGGAUCACGGAUUUGUAUUUUAAACCACCUCGGAUACUAUAUCCUCUUGAAAAUGAGAGUCGAGAACGUGAAACGGACAUUCACAGUGACUUUUAUCUCCACGACAAUACAUCGGCGAAGCUCUUUAGCUACGGAGCUAACGUGAUAGCAUCGGGCUUAAAUGCAGGUAGAAACAAAAUAAAUAAACCCCUGACUGGAAGGAUAGACAGAAAAUCAACAAUACUAUUAAACCAUGGACCUGUAACUACACGGUUAAUGCUUUCCAGCCUGGCGAAGCUUAACAAUGCUGUUGCUAACGACGCCAUUGAAGCUAACUUAGCUACGGGACCUCGUCAGAGCUAUGAUAAAAACAUUAGCGCUCCACCUACGCCAGCCAGCCCUCAUCUGCUCAUCAACACCCGUGCUCACCUGCGUUCCAGCGAUCGACGGAGUGACGAAGGACUUCACCCGAUCAUAGAUGCGGUUGGCGGCUAGCAUCGGAUAGCGCGUCUGCUAUCCCAUCUCAAAGUCCUCCUGGUUGUGUUGCUGUAGUCCGCCGCUAAUACACCGAUCCCACCUACAGCUUUCUUCUUUGCAGUCUUCAUUGUUCAUUAAACAAAUUGCAAAAGAUUCACCAACACAGAUGUCCAGAAUACUGUGGAAUUUUGAGAUGAAAUCAGAGCUUUUUGUAUUGGAUCCAAUGGGGUCCGAAUACUUCCGUUUCAACGAUUGAUGUCACGCGCAUACGUCAUCAUACAUAGACGUUUUCAACCGGAAGUUUCACGGGAAAUUUAAAAUUGCACUUUAUAAGUUAACCCGGCCGUAUUGGCAUGUGUUGCAAUGUUAAGAUUUCAUUGAUAUAUAAACUAUCAGACUGCGUGGUCGGUAGUAGUGGCUUUCAGUAGGCCUUUAAAAUAUACUGUAUAUUAUAUUUGUAUAUAAUAUAUACAAUAUAUAAGUAAUCCCAAUUACUAUGUACAAUAUUACAAUAUAUUAGACUUAGAUUUCCUUUUAUUGUCAUUCAAAUUUGAACUUUACAGCCCAGAUAAGAAUGACAUUUCAUUGCAUUAGCUGGUUGUAGUGCAGGAUAAAAGCAAUAAGGUGCAGAUAUAAAUAGAUUACUGUAAAGAUAAAUAUAUUGCACUUUUGCAUAUGCAUCCACAUUUAUGGAUUUGUUAUUUGUUAUCAUUGUCUUUAUAUUCCAGCCAGUUAAUCUGUUUUUGGGGGGAAUUGAGGGGACUAUUAUGAUGCGUUCAAGAGUCUGAUCUGUUACAGAACCUGGAGGUUCUGCAACGGAGCCUGCGGGACUAGAGUCCAGCAGUGAAAUCAGUCCUUGGUGGGGGUGGGAGGAGUCUCUACAGAUUUUCUGAGCCCUGGUCGGGCAGCGGCUUUUUUGCGAUCUCUCGGAUAGGAGGAAGAGGAGUCCUGAUGAACUUUUCCGCCGUCCUCACCAUGAACGGAUUAACGUGGACCCUGACUUAAAACAAGUUGAAAAACGUAUUCGGGUGUUACCAUUUAGUGGUCAAUUGUACGGAAUAUGUACUGUACUGUGCAAUCUACUAAUGAAAGUUUCAAUCAAUCAAAAAAACUCACCACUCGCUGCAGAGACUUCCAGUCUGAGGCACUGCAGGCUUCAGUCCAGACAGAUGCAGUUGCCCUCUAUAGUGCCUCUGUAGAAUGUGGUGACGCAAAAAGUGCAUGCGCUGCUGAGCUCUUUUUACAAGAGCUCCGAUGUGUAGGAACCAGGUUAUACUGUCAGUUAUCUGCACCCCCAGGAACUUGGUGCUGCUUACUAUCUCCACUGCUGUGCCGUUGAUGAAGAGUGGAGCGUGGCUGGACUGGUGCUUCUUGAAGUCAACGAUGAUCUCCUUGGUCUUGUCGACGUUCAGGACCAGGUUGUUGGUUCUGCACCAGUCAACCAGAUGUUUCACCUCCUCCCCGUAGUCCAUGUGGUUGUUGCCACGGAUGAGGCCCACUACUGUCGUGUACUUCACAAUGUUGUUAGUAGUGGACCUGGCGCAGUAGUCAUGGGUCAUCAACGUGAACAGCAGCGGACUCAGGACGCAGCCCUGGGGGGAGCCGGUGCUCAGGGAGAUGGCACUGGAGGUGUUGUUGCCCACUCUCACAGACUGGGGUCUGUCUGUGAGGAAGUCAAGCAGCCAGUUGCAUAGGGGGGUACUGAAUCCAAGGGGGACCAGUUUGCUCACCAAGUGCUGCGGGAUGAUGGUGUUGAAUGCUGAGCUGAAGUCCAGAAACAACAUCCGCACGUGUGUGUCCUUUCCUUCCAGAUGUUCUAAGCUCAGGUGGAGUGCAGAGGAGAUGGCGUCCUCUGUUGAGUGGUUAGGGCGAUAAGCAAACUGGUAUGGUUCGAAUGUGGGGGGAAGACUGGAGACAAUAUAUUCCUUUACCAGACUCUCGAAGCACUUCAUUAUGAUGGGGGUGAGUGCAACGGGGCGGUAAUCAUUGAGGGAGGAGAUUGUGGGUUUAAUAUAUAUGUAACAGCUGCAGCAAAAUAAGGCAGCAUAAAAAGAGUAGAUCCAGCAGAAAAUAUACAUUACGAACAAAGAGAGGUAGCUAGCAUAGAAGCGGUCAGGUAAUAGCCAGAUAUCAUCUAUUGCUGAUUGGCGAAUAAUUAUACAGCUGGAUGGAGUGUGGAAUGAAGGAGUUCUUGAGUCGAACACUCUGGGAACAAAUCUGAAGGAGCCUGUUGGAGACAUUAAACCCCCCUCCCUCCCUCCGUGGGAGGGAGGCGAGUUGGGUGCCCGAAACCCCCCGCUCGGAAGCGGAUGCCGGUUCACGGUUCCGAAAGGCGAGCGGCCCGGAGUAUGAGCUCCACUGUCCCUCAAUUGUCUGGUGGAGUGGGUGGGCAGGAUUGUCCAUGAUGGUGAGCAGUUUGUCCAGUGUCCUCCUGUCCCUCACUGACACAAACGCCUCCAACUGCGUGCCAAUAGUUUGGCCGGCUUUCUGGAUCAGUUUGUCAAUCCGGUUUAAGUCCCUUUUGCUGGUGCUGCUCCCCCAACAAACCACUGCAAAGUACAGGGCACUGGCCACAACAGACUGAAAAAAGUCCAUUUGACAUAAAGGAACAUCAUUUGACGUAAAGGGACAUCAUUUGAUGUAAAGCAGGGGUGGGCAAUUAAUUUUUACCGGGGGCCGCAUAAGCAAUAUUUCAAUUAAAUUUUGCUCAAUAUUAUUUUUUAUAUACUGUAAGAUAAAUAAUAAUAAUAAUAAUAAUAAUAAUAAUAAUAAUAAUAACAAUUAAUAAUAAUAAUAAUUUCAUAUAACCUAACUUAACUUUAUACAAAAGCAGAUAGCUUUUGAUGGUUUUAUUUUUAACACUGUCUCACUUCCUGAUGUAUAAUACAAUGCAAAAAUGUCAAUUUCUGCACAGGGUUAAUUUCUGUCACUUUAUCCUGCAUUAUCCAACAUUUUUCCCCGUCAGAUUUGGACAACCAUCUGUUGUUGAAAAUCGUUUUUAAUUAUAUUUAUUUUAUAUUGUUUUUAUAUUGGUUUUAUAUGUAAUUAUUUGUUGUUUUUAUUCAAUCAUUGGUGGAGCUAAGGAUAAUAUUUGAA